AUGUCCGCAGGGGGAGAUUUUGGAAACCCACUGAGAAAAUUCAAGUUGGUCUUCCUGGGGGAGCAGAGCGUCGGGAAGACAUCUCUGAUCACACGGUUCAUGUACGACAGCUUCGACAACACAUACCAGGCAACCAUUGGGAUUGACUUCUUGUCAAAAACCAUGUACUUGGAGGAUCGUACGGUGCGACUGCAGCUCUGGGACACAGCCGGCCAGGAGAGGUUCCGCAGCCUGAUCCCCAGCUAUAUCCGGGACUCCACGGUGGCCGUGGUGGUGUAUGACAUCACAAAUCUCAACUCCUUCCAGCAGACCUCUAAGUGGAUUGAUGAUGUCAGGACAGAGAGGGGCAGCGAUGUGAUCAUCAUGCUGGUGGGCAAUAAGACGGACCUGGCCGACAAGAGGCAGAUAACCAUAGAGGAGGGCGAGCAGCGUGCCAAAGAACUGAGCGUCAUGUUCAUCGAGACCAGUGCGAAGACUGGCUACAACGUGAAGCAGCUCUUCCGACGUGUGGCCUCCGCUCUGCCUGGAAUGGAGAAUGUCCAGGAGAAAAGCAAAGAAGGGAUGAUUGACAUCAAGCUGGACAAACCCCAGGAGCCCCCGGCCAGCGAGGGUGGCUGCUCCUGCUAAUGCAGCCUGACCCCGGCUUCCUUUGACACUAC